AUGGUCACCCCUGUGCCCCGCCCCCUCAUUUGCAUAAACGAAGGCAGGGUCCACCUGGCGGAGUUUGGUGCUUUAUUGGGCGGGGGGAACUGGUUAGGACGGGGAGGGUCAGCAGCUGAUUGGUGCGUCCUCUGGCGUGGGCGGGGCCUGCCCCUGCCCCGCCCCUCCGAAGUGCUCGAUGGUCUCCAGCACAGCCCCAGCAGCUCCAGGAAGGAGGAGACCUCCCCCCGCAGGCCUCCAGCCCCCCGGGAGACCCAGAGCCUGCGGGGGGAGGGCUCAGGGACCCCCAGACCCUCCCAGGGACCACCCAGGGACCCGCAGACCCGCCCACUGGCCUCCCAGAGACCCCCACUCACCUCCUUGUAUGCCCCCACUAAUCCCCCAGCCCCUCCCCGUCCCCGCCCAGCGCCCCCCAGUGCCCACUCAGGCCCUCAGCUUGUCCCCGCAGCACUGCAGCCUGGCCUGGGGGCGCUGCUGAGGCCUCCCCCAGGGCCGGGCUGGGGGCUGCAGGCCUGGGCCCAGCGCCCUCAGUGCCACCUGUGCCAGGCCAGCAGGCAGCAGGCAGCAGCACCUCCCUGGCAGGGCAGGUCAAGGAGCCUCGGGGGAGGGACCCCAGCACCCCCCAGCGUCCCCCCAGUCCCCUCCCACUGCUCCCAGUCCCCCCCAGGCACCCCUGGGACUCUCUAUGGCACCCACAGACCCUUCCCCUACCCCCCGCCACCUCUGACCCCCGUCAAAACCUCACCCGGGGACCCCCAUGACACCCCCAGACCCUCCCUCUGCUCCACUGCCCCCUCCCCCCAGCCACCUCGGACCCUUCCCAAGGCGCCCCCAAACCCCCCCAACCCCGGGGCCGCCUACAACACCCCCAGACCCUCCCCCUACCCCCUUCAGCCACUUCGCCCCCCCCCAAAUCCCCCUGCGACCCCCCCAAGCGCCCCUGGCAACCACUGACUCAUCCCCAGACCCUCCCCCCACUGCUCGCCCCCCCCCAGCCACCUCAUCCCCCCCCCCGGGACUCCUCAAACCCCCCUGGGGCCCCCCCGAAGCCCCUCUGGGACUCUCCAAAACCCCCCAGCCCCUUCCCCCGCUCCCCCCCGAGCCCUCUCGGACCCCUCCCGGGACCCCCCAACUCCGCCUAAGACCCCCCCGGGGCUGGGUACAGCCGCAGCAGCUCGCUCCGCGCCGCCAUCUUGCCUCCGUGCCGUCACUUCCGGCUGGCAGGC